ACCUACCGUCAAUCCCUUCCUCAUGCCUUGUUUGUUUUCUCCUAUUGUGCAAAUACAGAAUUGUAUGGGGAAUUCGAGGAGAGAUCCAUAUUCCAAAGGGCAGAUGUUGUGUAUGCUUACAUUUUGAACUUUAGCGCUUUGUUGCAACGCCUUUCUGAGGUAAUUGAGCCAAUAAUGAAUUAUACGUGCGUGUUUGCGCUCCGGCUCAGCAAAUGUGAUAGGAGACUAAUCCACAUUAUUCUUAGCAGGAUGGCAGACAGCUAUUGUUUCUCUACCUGCCAUUGACACUUCGCCAUCUCUUUUAAGUUGACAGAAGUUAAUUUAUAUGCACCGGUCAGACAGAUUAUUAUCCACUCUUCAAGAAUCUUCAGUUUGGUGUUUAUAACUGACUGGAAAAGGAAUAUUGAGAGCAAGGCCGAAUGAUCAUCUACAUGUUGGCUUGCCUUGCACUGUCUACCUCUUUGUAAUGCAAACUUCAAGCAAUUUCUGUGCAAGAUUUCAUAUCAGAUCCUAUCAAGGCAAAAUGUCCUGCCUUUUAACCAUCUUAGUUGUAGCGGCUACUGUAUCUCUUGGUCAAGGAGCAGUAAAUUGGGAGGAAGACUUGGAAUAUACAGAGAUUUCUGAAUAUUUAAUACCAGAUGAUUAUAUUGGAACUCUCUUGGCCACUGAAACUACUGAUGCAUCAAAAACUUUCCAAUACGGCAUCUAUCGCAUAAUUGCUAAUAUCCCAUCAGGUUAUGUUGAUGCCUUUGACUACCUAGAGGUCGAUCCGAAUUCUGGCAACGUCACCGUAAAAGCUCUUAUGGAUUUUGAGAAAUUUGAUCAAAUGAAAGCUGAAUGGGGAGCAGAUACUGUAAGGACUACAGUAGACUUAUUCAUCAGAAAUGAGAAUGAUAAUUCUCCGGAAUUCCAAGAUGAACCUUAUUCUGCAGAGGUUUCAGAGGCUGCUGAGAUAGGCGAUAGUGUUACAAAUGUGACUGCCAUAGAUGGUGAUACAGGUGAUACAGUAUCAUAUGAACUUUUUUCUGGUCCGGAUUGUGAAGUGGACCAUUUUAGGGUGGGCCAAACAUCAGGUGAAAUCUUUGUCAAUGGUAUAUUAGAUUAUGCUUCAGUUGUGCAGUUUGUAGUCUGCGUAAUAGCAAUGGAUGAUGAAGGUCGAAAUGAUACAACUAAAGUAGUGAUCUCUAUCAGAGAUGCUCAGAACCAACCGCCGGUCUUCAUUGGUCAGCCUUAUGAUAAAAGCAUCCCAGAAGAUACUGCAGUGGGUGAGGUUGUUCUGACAGUUGUGGCAAACGAUGGGGAUCUUGGUGUGAAUCUCAGGAAUGUAAUCAAAUACAUGUUGAUUGAUGAUGCUGAUGGCACUUUCUCUGUGCAUAUUACAAAUGGAGAUAUUAAGGUUGAGAAGGCCCUAGAUCGUGAUACGGAUCCGAUCACUCAGCUUUAUACCCUGAUCGUGCAGGCUAUUGAAGAAGAUGAUGACGAUCAGCCUAUGGAGCAGAUUAAUACAAAUACCUCAAUCUACAUCCGUCUGUCAGAUGUGGAUGAUAACCCUCCCACAUUUACACCAAAAGGAGUGGUCAACGCUACCAUUCCUGAACACUCCCCUCGCGGAACCCAACUGGAUUUCAGUCUGGAGGCUUUUGAUCUUGAUUCCGGUGAAGCAGGGCGAAUCAUCCUCUCUCUUGAAGAUGAUGAAGGUAUCUUCUAUCUUGUAUCAGAGACCAUUUUCAACAGCGGGGUAGUGGAUGUUAGGGUCGAUAACUCAUCUGCCUUGGACUUUGAAAGGAUUUCUGAAGUUACUUUCCAGAUAAAAGCUUCAGAUGCUCAAGGGGGUAACUUCAGCGUAGUCACUGCCACAGUGUACCUGACAAACAUCAAUGAUAACACUCCAGUGUUCAGCCAGAGUCAGUAUGAUGUGUCGUUGCCAGAGAACUCCGUCGAGAACACCCCUGUUCAACAGCUGGAGGCUACAGAUGCGGACGUUGGUGCAGAAUUGACCUUUGAACUUCUAGGCUACAACAAUGACUGGUUUAAUAUUAAUUCAUCAACUGGAUACAUAAGUGUAUCAGACACUGCUGACUUCAAUGCUGAGCUAUUGAGUGUCUACUUCCUGACCUGUGUGGUUAGUGAUGGAGAAAGAGUAUCUACAGCUCUUCUGAAUGUUACAGUGACCGAUGUGAACGACAACCCUCCACUGUUCCAGUUAGAUCUGUACUCUGUCUCCAUUCCAGAGUAUAAUGUAGAUAUGUUGGAGGAGGAGGACGAAGGUCUAAACAUUCUUCAGGUUUUGGCAACAGAUGCUGAUAUCAAUGUCAUCAAUAGGAUGUUGACUUACUCCAUUGAAAGUGGGAAUGAGGAGGGAAAGUUUGACAUCAACUCAACCACUGGCAUGAUCUUCAGGAAGGCUAGCAUUGAUCGUGAAACAGAGGAGGCAACCUUUGAAAUGGUUGUUAUGGCAAUUGAUGGUGGUACACCAUCAAUGAAUGGCACCACGCUUGUGACUAUAAGCAUUGAGGAUGUAAACGACAAUAAUCCAAUCUUCUUAGCAGCCCUGUACAAUGCAGAGGUUCCAGAGAAUGCUGCUUUCGGAACCCUAGUUGCCAACAUUACAGCAGUCGAUAUGGAUGUUGACAGUCUUGAUGUGCUGUACACAAUAGAAGAGGCCAGUCCAUUCUUAGUGAAUCAAGAGGGGCUCAUUACAUUGAGUGGGACUGUGGAUUACGAGAUUCAGAUGACCUACAAUCUUACUGUGACUGCUACAGAUAGGGAGGACACCUCACGACAGGGAUCCUGCACAGUUAUGAUAAAUAUCAUGGAUGUUAACGAUGAGCCUCCAGAGUUUGAUACACCCUCGCCUUCUUCUUUAUCAGUCAAUGAGAGUGCUGCAUAUUGUGACAGUUUACCUGGAUCUGAUGACUGCCACGUUCUCAUCACGCUUCAUGCCACAGACCCAGACACCAAUACAGACCUAACAUACUCCAUCUUAGAGGUCAAAGGUUAUGACGAGAACAGCAGACUGGUAGAAGGUAACUUCUCCGAUCAGUUUGGAGUGGAUAGUGAAACAGGUGAUGUGUUUGUUCGGACGGAGCUUGAUCGAGAAACAGUUCAGCGCUUUGACGUCACAGUGGUUGUGGAUGAUAUGAAAGCAGAGGAAAACAAUGAUACCCAGACUGACUCAGCUGAGCUUGUGAUCACUGUGCUUGAUGUCAAUGACAACGCUCCAGAGUUUAUAGACCUCCCAGAUAACUUCACCACUCCAGAGACAGACCAGGUUGGCAUGGUCAUCUCUGUCAACAUCCUAGCAGAUGAUGAAGAUGCGGAAGAUAACGGUAUCGUCAUCUAUGAGCUACUGGACGAUGCUGGGGGCCUUGUGGCUAUUAGUGAAACCACAGGCAUUCUUACAGUGAAGCAACCCAUUGACAAGGAAUUAAAUGAUUCUCUGACCAUCACUUUCUGUGCCAAGGACGGGGGAGAUCCGCCUCUGAACACUACGGUCACACGUCAGAUCUUUAUCACCGAUGUUAACGACAACACACCAGUGUUCAAUGUGUCACUUCCAAAUGAGGCCAGCAUUCUUGAGGAUACCACCAAUGGGACGUUGGUCUUGACGGUGUAUGCAACUGAUGCAGACCCCGACUUUGGGGAUUUAACAUAUACCAUUAGUGCUGGGGUCGGUUUGGAGGAUUUUGUAAUUAAUCCUGAAAACGGGGAUAUCACAGUCCAGAAUGAGUUAGAUCGUGAAGAGCAAGCUCUCUAUACCCUGACUGUAGUUGCAAGUGACGGUAUCAGACAAGAUAAUCUAGAGGUGACAAUCACCAUUCUUGAUGUGAAUGAUAAUCAUCCAGAAUUCACGGAGAGCUUCCCGGAAAGUACCACUAUUUCGGAGACUGCGGAGCCUGGAUCGAGUGUAGCAGCCAUCGUUGCUGUUGAUGAUGAUGAGCCAGGAACAAACAACUCAGCUGUCAGAUAUAUCAUGACAGAUGAGAAUCAGUCGGGAUUCUUCAAGAUGGAUUACGUGACAGGUGUGGUGAUUCUCAACACCACCUCCACAGAUGCCCUCAUACCUGGUGUCUAUGUCCUAGUUGUUGUGGCCUCUGAUCUUGGGGAUCCCCCUCUGAUGACUGAUCCCAGGAACUUCUCGGUGAUUGUCACAGACUACAACGAUGAAGCACCUGUAUUCGUACAGCCUAAACAGGGAGCUACAGUCUAUGUGGAUGAGAACUACUCGGGACAUAUUACAACAGCAGAGGCGACUGACGGUGAUUUGGGUGAUAAUGGUGUUGUAACGUUUGCGUUCGACACAGGUCUUGGUGCAACAGAUGACUAUAAAUAUUUCACCAUUGACGAGACGACUGGUGCAAUAGAAAUCACUUCCGAAACAGAUAGAGAGACCAAAGAAAUCUAUAUUCUUGGAAUCAUCGGAAUGAAUGCCAAAUCUGACCCAAUCCGUUCUUCGCAGGUGACCUUUUAUGUUCAGGUCAAUGAUACAGACGAUAAUGAGCCGGCAUACUGGGGAGAGCGUACAGGUCCUGAGGGGCCCCAGGAUCCCCCUGAAGCAGCGCUGCUAUACGUGCAGGAGAACCUAGGAGAAGGGACGUUUGUUGGAACAGUUCCUGAAGCUGUAGAUCUUGAUAGUGACCUCUACAAUCAAAUCUACUAUUUCAUAGUCAGUGCAACAAGCGAAGACUACUUCAUUUUAGACAAGUAUUCUGGUAAUCUAACACUUGCGAACCCAAUUGAUCGGGAGAAGAGACCGGAGUUUUCCCUGGUCAUACGGGCAGACAGUUAUCCUGAUUAUGAACCUGAUAUGAAUGUUAUUUACGACCCCCUGAAAGAAGACAACUUAGCUAGAGUGACUGUAACGGUGUCUGAUGUCAACGAUAGCCCUCCAAGGUUUGAGGAGGACAGGUAUACAGCAGGCGUGUUGUAUUCAACAUCGUUUGGCGUAGAGGUCAUCACUGUCAACGCUGUAGACCCUGAUCUAGGCGAAAAUGCUGUUACAGUCUAUACUAUUCUAUCACAAAAAUCAUAUGAUGCAGAUGGCAAUGGGGGGGUCGAAGUGGAUGUCUUUGCAAUCAAUGAUGGGAAAGUUAUUAACAGUGUUACAUUCCAAGCUAGUGAUGAUAGCUACUACAUUGUGGAAUUGCAAGCUACUGAUAGUCUAAACCCCAACUUUACAGACAAUGCAACUUUAUCGGUGUACUUGAUGACUGAAAUUGAGCAAGUGAGUGCGCUAUUUGCAGAUGAACCAGUCAAUGUGAGAGAAACACAGGAUGACUUUAUAAGACUGCUAGAGGAAAUCAUGGAAAAUGUAGGAGGAUAUGAUGCCGUCUCUGUCAACAUUGAUUCCAUAGAUUACCAGUUGGAUGCAGAUGAUCUUGGUAUUCCAAACAGGACAGAGAUGUUGCUCCAUGUAGUGGAUGAUGACACAAACACAGUCAUUUCUCCAUCAAUAGUACAAGACAUUAUUGAUCAUGCAUACGGAUACACAGAGGAGCUGCUUUCUUACCAUCUGUAUGAAGUAGAGUUUAAAACCAAGCAAGUAGAGGCUGAUGUUCUGUCAGCCUUACAGACCGCCAGUUUCUCUCUCGCGUUUUUGAUGUUCCUCCUCCUCGUCUUCAUCCUAGUGGCUUUUUACUGGAUUGUCGCCGGGUAUAGAAGGCGGAUAAGAGCAUUAGAAGCAUUUGAAAAAGUUGAAAAGAAGGAAGCCCCUGCACCCGGUACUAACAAGUUUGCAGAGAACAAAAACCCUAUAUACAAUCUCAACGCUGCUGAUGUGAAGGAGCCACUUUACAUUGAUGUGGAUGAAGCAGGCAAUGAAGCUGUGGAAAGUCCCGGACCCAAAGAAGAAGAAUUCCAAGAGGUGGAACUCGACUUUGAUGCGGAACUCAACAAUGAAACCAACGGAGAAGGCAAUGACAAACUUCUUGCCGCUGUCCUAGAUACAUACGAGAAAAAUACCGGUGUGAACCUUGGCUUUGAUCCUGGAGAAUCGAACCAGAAUAUCUACAUGUCUGAUGUAUAACAACUUUUAAUAAUUUUCUUUGGACCCCAUUAGAAAUCAGCUAAUGAAUCAACUCUUAUGGGUUAUCAUGUGAACGUACAUGUAUCUUUUCCAUUGUGCACCUGUCAUACAGGAGUGGACUGUAUGAAAUCACAUUAACACGUUGACUACUGAGUUCUCUUAUCCCCAUAGCCUUAAUACAGGGAACACCUGAUCCCUGUAGGCAAUGGGUUAAUUACCUUAGUAUACCAUUCUGGAAAUCGCCUGUGAUUUAUAAAAAAAAAAACAUAUUGAUAAUAAUAAUGACUGGCUCAUUUUGGGGGUAAUACAAAACUGUUUGGGUUAUAAGUUAUUGCUCUCGAUAUAUCCACAUUGCCCUAUGAAUAUUCUUGGGCUAUACUAGUGUACUCUCAUAGAUUGCCAUUCAAAGCCAGUCAAUAUGAUGUAAAUGUAAAUGUACAACUUCUUGACGGCAAAUCAAAUCUUCUCGUAAGAAGUCAUUAGUGCUCUAAUUUUAAUCUAAUUUGCCUUAACCUGUUGAUUGCUGAAUUUUCUCAUUCUUAUAGCCUUCCCAUAUUUGGAUAAGUUAUAGCAAAAGGUUGAAUUUGUUUUUACAUGAUUUAAGAUAUGGGGUGCUAUUCAGAAAAACAAAGUUAUCUUCUACAUUAGUAAUACAAUGUCAUAAUUGUCAUAACAAAUCAAAAUUAGGACAAAUCAUGGUUAAUGUCCUUGUAAAGCUGGCUGCAUUCACAUAACAUUGAAAGAGACUUUAACAUGUGCAAGCACCAAAUGCUAUUAUUUUCAAGCAUUUAUAGCAUUUUAAUUUUGUAAUGAUAAUAACCAUCAUUUUACCUAUGAUAACAAAUAAUACCGUUUUAUGAAUAUGGCCCCAGAAUGUCUACUUGUAUUGUUAACACAUAAAUGAUAUGGCUGAUGAUGAAAGAUAGAAGAACUGAUGAUAAAAAUCCAAUAUAUGUGUGAUUAGAUCACAUGUAGAUACAUGUAUUUCCAUAUAUUUGUAGCUUUUUUAAAUUGUCGCUUUAUUGUGAAGUAAUUGUGUCCUGAAAUAGCUUGCAUUUUCAACUCAUUUUCAAGUAGCUUCACUUAGGAUAAUGAUAGACUAUUAAAGGUAUGUCAUUUGUUUUAGCAUAUAUGCAACCUUCUUCAAAUUGUAUUGUAAAAAAACCAUUUGUAAUUUUUUUUCAGACAAAUUCUGCUAUUUUGUUUAUAAAAAAAUACUUUGACUGUAUGAUUUUUGCAGUAACAGUCUACAUGUACUUUUAAAUACAAGUGUUGUACAAUAAAUCUUGAUUAUUUCUCUAAAAAUAACCUUCCAUAAAUUUGUUAAUCAUAAUGAAAGAUUAUCCAUAUAGCUAGUAUAUUUGAUACACUUACAGCUAUACUGUACUGGAAGAACUACUGCAAAGCAGAGCCAUUUAUACAAAGAUUUUGACCAACCCGGUCGGAGUACGGCACAAUAUGGCGACUACUGCUUUGUUAUAGGACAAAAACAAAAGAAUAUACGCCAUGUUGUGACCCAGUGAAACCAAGUUGGCCAAACUCUGUGUAUAUAGAUGGCUCUGCUGCAAAGUACCCUUUAGCGCCAUCUUAGGUGAGCUAGCUGUAGCAGUAUGGUCUCGUAACUCGCUGCUUGAGUCCUCAAACUGCGAAGCAGAAAUUAGGUAUUGGGUUGGCAAUUAACGGUGCACUAAAUGUUCAUCAGUUCAGUAUCGCUUUAAAUUUGAAGUGAUGUGCUUGGUAUGCAUUGUUUUUAAUGUUUUUUUGUUUUUUUGCCAGCUAUUAAUCUUGAAAAAAAGCAGAAGAAAUAUGCAUACUGCAGAGGAAAAUGAAUUAGGUCACGGUUGGGAGCAGAUAUUUUACAGUCAGACCCAUUUUAUUGAUAUUGUUAUUAUUGACAUGUGACUGCACUUUGCUAGCUCUUUUUGUUAUAUUCAGGACGAUUUUAGUAAAAUAAAAAUUUAACAAGUGUUUACUAUAUUUAGCCAACAGUACUCAGAUUGCAAUUGUCAUACAUAUACCUGCUACAGUCUUUGGUCAUAUAAUGUGCUAUGAUUCUAUGUUAUAUGAUGGUUAUGAUGUUCUUGUUACAAAUGUCAUGAAAAUGGAUUCAUUUUUGCUGCUAGCUCUGUACUAUUUGGUUAUUGAAGGUCAUGAUUAAAACCAGUCAUUCUUUAAAUGCUUUCUGUCUUGAGACAGGAGGGCAUCAACACCCUGGCUGUGAACAGAUUAGGUAUUUCUUCACCAAGUGCCUCAUCACAAUCAGAACCUACAUGUAAUAUUUGCCCUUGUUACUAAAGUACAGUCAGUACCACAUUAUUAGUUGUUGCUAGUUUAGAAAAGCGUCUCGUUUGAAUAACUUUGUUUCGCAACAAAUAUAUGUACACGAAAACUUUAAGAGUAUGAAUUGUCUGCUUGCAGUGCUUGGAAUCCUUGUUCAGAUAUGGAACCGCAAUACCGCAGAGGUUGUUUUUAUGACGUUACAUGGAAUAUGCUUUAAAAUUCUUUAUCUUAUAACACAUAGCUUAGUAAAUAGUUGCGUAGGACUUUUGUUGCUCGCAAUUGCCAUUCAUUUUAAAGUGUUAAAAAAACCCUGUGUUUUAUCGAGUAAUAUCUGAACGAACCCUAAUUUAAGCCUUGAAAUAAGAUAACUCAGAUCACAGAAAACUGUUAAUACUUGUAAAGAGAGGAUCCAAUUACAUGUACCUUAAAUCUUUAAAAAACAAGGAAAUAUAGGUGUUUUUUUUUAAAGGGGAUGGGAAUUCAAGUCCAAUACAUUAAAUCUACAUGUAUGAUCCCCCCCUCCCCUUUCCUCUGAUUCGUCUCUGUCAAGUAAUAUACUGAAGUUAUGGUUUCGUCAAUGUAUUCCGAGUGAGAUUUCAUUGUUCUUGUUAUGUAUUGCAUAGUUCUAAACUGUACAUGCAUUAAUGAAAUCAUUGUCGAGAAUCCUUUUAACCAUCAGCAUUUGUCUUUUAUGUGGUAAUUAUGAGUAACGUGUAUUUACAUUCAAAAUGUUUCACAUGAAAUUGUGUGCCUCAGAGUCUUUAUGAAAGUGAUCUUAGAAUUUAUAGAAUUUAUAUUUUGUUUUUUCGCCAAAAUGUCAAUAAUGACAGCAGUUGUAAAUAGUACUGAAAUAUGAAUAAACAGUAACUAUAUUCAAAUGUGAUAUUUACCACAAAGAAAAUCUCUUGUAAACUACAUCUGUAAGCUUGCGAGGGGCUUACUGACGUAGCGACACACACUGUAUAUAAUGUACUACCCCAUUCACAUCGCCAAACCAACCUCAGACUGCAUCCAACCCAGUUAAACAAUCCAUCGUUUCAUAACGUGUAAUUAGUUGAGUCUCCAUAGACUGAUGUAAUAUAUAAUUUUUUUGCCGAAGGGAUAAUGUAAUUUAUUUGGUCAGUCUGGUGUUGGUCUGUUGGUGUGACUCGGGUAUAAUUCUAUCCAUGAAAAUGCUUUAAUAUGACAUAUUACUGUUGAUUGGAAAUUCCUGGCAAGGAGCAUUGUGGAGAAGCAUAUGAAUUGUAUUACAUCUGUAAACUGAUACACUUUAUUGCUAGAGUGUGGGGGAAAUGUGCCGUUUACAGUUAGAUAUGCCAUCAAAGAGUAAAUGAGUAAAAAUAUAUUAAACAAUCAACGAAGGGAUAAGGCUCAUCAAUCGUUACAAAUAUUUGUUUAGUGAAAUAAUCCAUGCUUCAUAAUGCUAGUGUUUAAGCAUACAGAGAAAUAAAAGCUUGAUGAAAAGAAAACGGUCUGGUUCAUCCAGUACUUAUCUACCUUUCCCAAAACAA